UCCGCAUGUGAUGGUGGUGUUUCCUCAUUUUGAAGAUUCCUCAGUAUCUCAAAGCGUGAUCUGUGCAUUAACUUCCCCCUUGGUUUCCGCCAUUUACUGAUUCUUUGCUCUGCUCGCCACUCACCGGAGACUGAAGUCGAUAAUAAAUAGAGUUGGGAGAGAGCACAAUUCACAGCGAUAUUGAUCCCACAAGUCAAGAAGCGGGGGCGAAGGAAAGUGACGGAGACCUUCAGAGAUUGCGUGAAGACUGAGUGAUUGAAGCUGCAUCCGAGGUCUGUUUUCAUCAUUUCCCAACCAAGGUUUUGGCAAAAUCAGUUUGUUUGAACCCAGAAAGGGGAAGUCAAUUAACAAUGAGCGAUGAGAUUAGCAAGCUAUCAGACGAGUUGCUUGAACAUAUUCUGUCUUUUCUUCCAACCAAACAAGCCAUCGCCGCCAGCCUCGUGUGUAAGAGGUGGAAGACACUUUGGCGGUCACUAUCAACUCUUCACCUUGAUGAUUCCAUCUAUCAAAAUUACAUAAGUUUCGUUAAGUUUGUUUACGGGGUCUUCAUUUGUGGAGAUUUUAGAUCCAUCAAAAAGUUCCAUCUCGUUUGUCAAUCUUGUGACAGUUACCCUAACCAGAUUAAAAUCUGGGCGGCUCAUGCUGCUCUAAAUCUCAAAGUUGAGCAGCUGGAGCUAAUUUUUCCAUUCUCUAACUACAGUUUGCUGUCUGGAGUUUUCGUCUGCAGUACCAUAAAGGAAUUAAAGUUGGAGGGGUUGUUGGUAGACUCUCUUUCUUGUGUAAAUUUGCCUUCAUUGAAAAUCAUGCACUUGCAACGUGCUAAAUUUCAUGAUUUCAAACUUGUGGCAAUGCUUCUUUCUGGAUGUCCUCUUCUUGAAAGCUUGUCACUGUCAUUUAAGUGUAGGGGCAUGCCCGCUAACGUUGCAGCAGCAGUCGACGUUGCAGAUCUCAAGCAUUUGGCCUCAGCAACUUUCGGACCCUUCAUGAUGAAUUUAAAAGCUUUCUCUAAUGUUAAAUUUCUUAGUUUGUGUGAGACUUUUUGGAUACCUAGCCAGGAUCAUAUGCCAACAUAUGACAAUUUAACUCGGUUGGAAUUCUCAUGUUAUGCCAAAGACUGGGGCGAGAUAGUGAAAUGUCUCAAGAAUUGUCCCAAGCUCCAAAAUCUAGUGAUUCGUAAAGCUCUGGCUGGCUCACCAAAUAAUCAUCACGAGGAAGUGGAAAGCUUGAUGGAACCAGUAUUUGAGGUUCCUCAGUGUAUCUCAUCACACUUGAAGACAUUCUACCUUGCAGAAUACGAGGACUUCAACUCCCAGUUUCAGAUGGUGAGAUUUAUUUGGAGGGAAGCUAAAGUUUUGAGGACUAUCACCCUUUCCUCAAGCGUGGGAAAGAAGAAACGGAAAAUGAUGAGGCGCCAAAUGCUCGAAAGACUAUCCAGAUGUUGCAUGGGUCGAGUGAAUUGCAAUCUUUUGUUUGACUAAUUACAAUCUUUUGCUUGGCUAAAUUUUCGUUAUGUGGAAUCCUUUAUUUUGCAAGAAAACCUUUUAGA